GAAUCGAAGAGAGAGAGAGAGAGAGAUGAAGGAGCGUCAGUGUGUCAGAAUCUGAGCAGAAACAGAAGCAGUGAGCGCAUACAUGCAGAGAGAGAGAGAGAGAGAGAGAGAGAUGAUCCCUCGCUCGCUCACACAUGCAAUGUUGGUGAAGCAGCGUGUGGGUUCGACUGGCAGCAGAUAGAAGAGGAGAGACGCUUUAAUCCAGCGCUGACGGCAGACUCCGACUCAACCAGACAGCGUCUGCAUUCACACACACGCAGCAAUGACAAGCACACACAAACACAGCAGCGACAGACACGUGUGAGACGAUUCACCGGACACUCUUUCCAGUCAGGAGAUUUUCACCUGAAAGAACUUUUUUUUUUACACUAGAUUUCUGGAAGUUCAUCACGCUGGCUGUGGAUUAUAACUGAUGCAUUCUGGCUUCUUUUGGCUGUUUUUAAAGAAAGGUGUCUGACUGAAAAGCGUCCCUCUCCACACGGAUUCCAGCUUCAGCUCAGAGAGAACUUCCGAGCGCCCACACGGUGAGCGUUCAGUUGUUGUGCGUCGCGUGUGAGUGCACCUCGGUUUGACGCCGGAGCGGACUGGGAUGUGAUCUGAGUGCAGUGGGUGAACGCUGGACCCGAGCCAUGGGAUCAGCACUGGGGGGGAGAACGGUCUGAGCUCCCCGAAAGCACCCGCCGGGGCAGAAUGGUGCCUCCCCCUCCCACCAACAAGCCGCACGCGUGCCUGUCGGCCAUCAUCAUCAUGAGCAGCAUGGCGCUGAUGGACGCCUAUCUGGUGGAGCAGAACCACGGGCCGCGCAAGAUCGGCGUCUGCAUCAUGGUGACGGUGGGUGACCUGUGUUUCUUCAUCGUGCUGCGUUACGUGACCGUGUGGGUGGGAGCCGAGGUGAGGAGCGCCAAGAGAGGCUACGCCAUGAUCCUCUGGUUCCUCUACGUUUUCGUCUUGGAGAUAAAGCUUUACUUCGUUUACCAGAACUACAAGGCGGACCGCAAGAGUCUGGACGCUUUGGCGCGGAAAGCCCUGACCAUCCUGCUCUCCGUCUGCGUCCCCACGCUCUUCGUCACGUUGGUGGCCGUCGACCGCAUGGACUACGUGAAGGCUUUCAAGAAGAAGGAGGAGAUCCGAAACCGCUUGUUCUGGGUGGUGAUGGAUCUGUUGGACGUUCUGGACAUUCAGGCCAACCUGUGGGAGCCGCAGAAGAAAGGUCUUCCCCUCUGGGCGGAGGGAUUGAUGUUUUUUUACUGUUAUAUUCUUUUGUUAGUGUUGCCGUGUGUGUCUCUCAGUGAGAUCAGCAUGCAGGGCAUCAACAUCAGCCCUCACAAGAUGAUGCUUUACCCCAUCCUCAGUCUGAUCACCAUCAAUGUCGUGACUCUCUUCAUUCGCGGAGGGAAUAUGAUUCUUUAUAAAGACAGCCGGGCGUCUGGGAUACUGAUGGGUAAAAACGUACUGGCCAUCGUUCUGAAGACGUGCAGCUUCGCGCAGUACAGGAGACAUCUUCGCAACGCUCCGCCGACGUUUGGAGCCGAACAGCAGAAGAACUCGGUACCGUCUGGACGAUCGGUUCAGAACCCUCAACGGACGACACCGCGCGAGCAAACGGCAAUACCAGAGGUCACGACCUGCGAACAUACGUGACAAAACACACACUUCUGUGAUUAGGUGGCUAGAUGUACUACUCACUUGUCUGAUAUCUACUGCACAAACACACACACACACACACGCACACACACAUACACGCACGCACACACACGCACGCACACACACACACACGUGCACGCAUGUUGGGUUUCCAUGUUUUAUGGGGACAUUCCAUAGACACAAUGGUUUUUACACUGUAGAAACUGUAUCUCAUAUUCCCUCCCCCUAACCCUAACAAUCACACACAACUGUCUGCUCUUUUACAUUUUCACUAAAGUUCAUUCUCUAUGAUUUAUAAGCUUGUUUCCUCAUGGGGACCAAAAAAUGUCCCCACAAGGACAAGGGUUUUGGAUAUUGCCAUCUUUGGGGGGACAUUUUGUCCCCAUACCGUAGAGUUUACCCUUCACACACACACACAAACGCACGCACUAAACACACACACACACACACACACACACAUUCUGUUUGGCAUUACAAAUCCCUGAAGUUCAUGAUGAUCUGUGGAUCUUUGUGGAUCUGUGGAUCAGGGUCUUUCUGAAACGGGCUAAAGAAUGUUUUCUAUGUGAUCCUUUGAUAAGAACAUCAAGUUUCUCUCUGUUGCUGUGUGUUUGUUUGUUCCAUCAGAAAACAUAGAAAAGUUUGGAUUCUGCUGAAGGGUUUUAAGAUCAAAUGAUUUCAUUCUAAUCUUGUUUUGAUUUCUCUGAAAGUUCUGCUGGCGUUUUACAGUACGAUCUUAUAAUGGAUGUCAUGUGGGCAAAAUCCAUAUUCAUGUAUAAAGGUAUUGAUAUCUUCAAUCAUUUCUGUAUUUAUUGUGAAAAAAAGAAAAAGAUCAUUUAUAAAUAAGGUUGAAUGAAGCUAAACUCUCUCAGGUCUCAUUUAUACUUUAAGAUGAAUUAUUGUUCAGGGAACGACAUCAAAACUCAUGUACAAACUCACCAAUGAAUCUGUCCGGGAGAAACUCUUUAAAAGAGUUUUCUUCUCUUAAAUGUCUCUGGAAAGGAUGGUAAAACACUUAAACAAGAGUUCUUGAUGUUGAAAUGAAUGUUAAAUAUUUUAGAGAGAUUUCUCCUCAGGCUGAUCUUCUAUGA